GUCGUUGCACAGUAGUGUGUUCGCACACGAUUCCUCAUUUUCUGCCAGAAACAUUUGGAUUUUCAAAGAGUCAACAUCAAUUUUUUUCUCUAGUUCAUUGUGAGAAGAAAUAAGUGAUCAUGGCAACGUCAUAUUUUUUCUUGGUUUCACUGUGUCUAACGUGGUUGGUGUGCGGCUUGAAUGCUGAAGUGGUUAAAACUGAAACUUGUUAUUCAACACCAGGUCAGUGCAAAAUAAGCGAAGUACGUAUCGAUCCUUGCCGUGAGGCAUCGGAAAAUAGGCCAUGCGUUGUGAGGAGAGGCACCAAUGCACAAAUAUCAUUUGAUUUUACACCGGAAUGGAGUGUACCUAAUGUCUAUAGUAAUGUGUAUUCGGUUGGUGAUGAGGGCGAUUUACCAAUGCCAGGAAUGGACACCGACGGUUGUAAAUUCACCAGUUGCCCAUUUCAAGCAUCAACUAAACAAACCUAUACCUAUAAUCUUCCCAUACAGAAAAAAUUCCCAAAGGGAUCAUACUUAAUUAAAUGGAUCCUUCGUGACUUGGCUAAUGAAACCAACACCGACACAAUGUGCUGCUUCACAACCAGAAUUAAGCUCAUUAAGUAAACAUACGGAACGAGACUAUGCACUGCAUCGCGCAAAUAUUUUGGACAUUCGCUUAUAACUUGGUUUCUAGUGAUUUCAAUGGAUAACUCAAAGAAAAUCAUGUUUAUAAUGUAAUUCACGGUAAAUGUGCACAUCCGAGCGCUGAAUUUUAAAUGAAAUAAAGAAAUUUUGUAUUGAAUCAAA